AUGGCUGGCCCCGGGCAAAGUUUGCAGCCCGUGGUGCUGAAGCACCGGCGCACCGCGCUCGAGCGAGUGGAAAAGUUCGUCUCCGACGUCUACUUCGCGGAUUGCAACCUCCGGGGCAGGUUGUUUGGUGAUACCUGCUCACUGGAAUCUCUCUCUUGCUUUGAAACCCUGGAACGGAUCCCAUACGAGGAAGCUGUCCAACAAGUAUUCCAGCCCGUCAAAGUUGGGGACAGUUUUGGAAACACAUGGAAGACUUGCUGGUUCAAAAUUGAUCUCAGCAUCCCCAGAGAGUGGGCAGGGAAAGAAGUGCACCUUCAGUGGGAGUGCGAAGGAGAGGGAAUGGUUUGGAAGGAUGCCCAACCUGUUCAGGGCUUGACUUUAGAAGGUGAGAAGACCAGCUACAUCCUGACAGACCGUCUUAAGGAGAUAGAUCCUCACAGUCUGACCCUGUAUGUGGAGGUUGCCUGCAACGGCCUCUUCGGAGCUGGGAAAGGCAGCAUGAUUGCCCCGCCGGAUCCGGACAAGAGGUUCUCCUUGCAGAAGGCGGAGCUGGUAGUCUUCAACCGGGAUGUCCAUGAGCUUCUGGUAGACUUUGAGAUCCUUCUGGAUAUGGCCAAGCUCCUCGGGGAGGAAAACCAGCGGAGCUUCCAGGCACUUUAUGCAGCCAAUCAGAUGGUUAAUCUGUGCGAUGUCACCGAUCCGUCGACUUUCCCGGUAGUCCGUGAAGUGGCCCGUUCAGUCUUCGGCCAGAAGAACGGAGACAGCCAGCAUGUCAUUCACGCCAUGGGCCACUGCCACAUAGAUUCCGCUUGGUUGUGGCCUUACGAAGAGACGAUCCGUAAAUGUGCACGCAGCUGGGUGACAGUCAUACGCCUGAUGGAGAAGAACCCAGACUUCACCUUCGUCUGCUCACAGGCCCAGCAGUUCGAAUGGGUGAAGAGCCACUAUCCUGGUCUGUAUGCAAAGAUUCAAGACUUUGCUAAAGAAGGACGCUUCAUCCCUGUGGGGGGCACGUGGGUGGAAAUGGAUGGGAACCUUCCCAGUGGGGAGUCCAUGGUUCGCCAGUUCCUGCAAGGGCAGCGAUUCUUCCAGCAGGAGUUUGGGAAGCUCUGCUCCGAGUUCUGGUUGCCGGACACUUUCGGCUACUCGGCCCAGUUGCCCCAGUUGAUGCGCGGAUGUGGGAUACGCCGGUUCCUGACCCAGAAGCUUAGCUGGAACCUCGUGAACACUUUCCCGCACAACACCUUCUUCUGGGAAGGCAUUGAUGGUUCUCAGGUUCUGGCUCACUUCCCGCCAGCGGAUUCCUAUGGGCUGGCUGGACGUGUGGAGGAGAUGUUAAAAACCCUGAAGAACAACAGAGACAAGGGCCGGGUGAACCACAGCGCCGCUCUGUUUGGGUUUGGAGAUGGGGGAGGCGGCCCGACGCAGACGAUGCUGGAUCGCUUAAAGAGGAUGAAGGAUACAGACUGCUUGCCCAGGGUCCAGAUGUCCACUCCCGACCAGUUUUUCUCUGCCCUGGAAAAGGCAGAGGGCCAGCUGUGCACCUGGGUUGGAGAACUCUUCUUAGAGUUGCAUAACGGCACAUACACCACCCACGGACAGAUUAAAAAGGGGAAUCGGGAGUGCGAACGCCUGCUCCAUGACGUCGAAGUGCUGAGCAGCUUGGCUUUGUCGAGGAAAAGCUCCAUCCGGUACCCCUCUGCUAAGCUGCGGCAUCUCUGGAGGCUGUUGCUCCUGAAUCAGUUCCAUGACGUGUUGCCCGGAAGCUGCAUCCAGCUGGUAGCUGAGGACGCCAUGAGAUACUAUUCCGAAAUUCAAGAUGCCGGAGUUCCUCUUCUAACUGACGCUAUGCAGUUUUUGUUUGGGGAUCUGUCGGGGAACGGUCAAGGGACGCCUGAGAGCAUCCUUGUUGUCAACACGUUGCCGUGGGAACGGACAGAAGUCAUCUCCAAAGCUGGACCGGGCGGGUCCCAGGCUUUAGCUUUAGUGACGGUUCCCAGCAUGGGUUACUGUGCCGUUCAGGAUCUGUUACCCUCUCCGCAUCCCGUGACGGUAUCCAAAAAUGCAGACGGCUCUUUUACCAUGGAGAACGGCAUCCUCCAAGUCUGUCUGGAUUCUAUGGGACGUGUGACCUCGCUUCGCUUAAUCCACUCCAAGAGAGAGAUGGUCCCCGAGGAUUGCUGUGCAAACCAGUUUGCGAUCUUUGAUGAUGUUCCAUUGUAUUGGGAUGCCUGGGACGUGAUGGACUAUCACCUGGAGACCCGGAAGCCCGUCACACAACUCCUGAACCCCGCAGAAGUCGCCCUACCAGGGGGGCUACGAGGCAGCGUGAAAUUCUCCCUGCAGAUCAGCGAGAAGAGCACGCUCACCCAAGAGAUCGUUCUGGAUGCCGCGUGCCCGUUCGUCCGCUUCCAGACUCAGGUUGACUGGAACGAAGCUCACAAAUUCCUCAAGGUGGAAUUCCCAGUCAGGGUUCGGAGUCCAAAUUCAACUUACGAGAUCCAGUUCGGCCACUUGCAGAGGCCGACGCAUUGGAAUACGUCCUGGGAUUCGGCCCGGUUUGAGGUGUGGAGCCACAAGUGGAUGGACCUCUCCGAGCAUGGGUUCGGGGUGGCGCUGCUGAACGACUGCAAAUACGGGUGCUCAGUCCGUGGCAACGUGAUGAGCCUCUCCCUGUUAAGGGCACCGAAGUCUCCCGACGCCACCGCCGAUGUUGGACGCCACCAGUUUACCUACGCGGUGAUGCCCCAUCUGGGUUCCUUCCAGGAGGCCAGGGUGAUCCAGCAGGCUUACAACCUUAACUUUCCUCUUCACACGGUGCCCGGUGCCUCAGAGCACUGCCGGGCCUGGAGCGCCUUCUCCGUGGACUCCCCAGCUGUCAUUCUGGAAACUGUAAAGCAGGCUGAGGACAGGUCGGACGCACUCGUGAUCCGGCUGUACGAGUCGCACGGGGGUACCGUCGAGAGCUGGCUCCGGAUCUCACUCCCUGUCCAAGAGGCUGUCCUGUGUGACCUCCUGGAACGGCCCCAUCCUCGGGGCUCUCUGCUGUUGGAGGAGCGCGGGGUGAAGCUUUCCUUCACGCCAUUCCAAGUGCACUCAGUCCUGCUGAUUUUGAAACAGCGGGACAGCCCUUGA